CGAUGCUGAGCGCCGUUAAAAUGGAGGGACACGAGCAUCCGGACUGGAGCAGCAGCUACUACUACGCAGAGCCCGAGUGUUACCCCCCAGCGGCCAACAUGAACUCCAUGAGCACCUACAUGGGUACGCCUGGCAUGACGGCCACCGGCCACAUGAACGCGCAUUACGUGAGCCACCCGGUCGGGGUGAGCGGCUCUUCGGUGGCCUCCGGAAUGACGCAGAGCGCCGGGGCCGCCGCGCUGCCGCCCAGUAUGAGCCCCAUGAGCCCGCCGCCGUACGGGAACGUGCCGGUGAUGAGCCAGGUGUACGGGCAGGCCUGCGCCAUCAGACCACGGGAGUCCAAGGCCUACCGGCGCAGCUACACGCACGCCAAGCCGCCGUACUCGUACAUCUCCCUGAUCACCAUGGCGAUCCAGCAGUCCGGCAGCAAGAUGCUGACGCUCAACGAGAUCUACCAGUGGAUCAUGGACCUGUUCCCGUUCUACCGUCAGAACCAGCAGCGCUGGCAGAACUCCAUCCGCCACUCGCUCUCCUUCAACGACUGCUUCAUCAAGGUGCCGCGCGCGCCUGACAAGCCGGGGAAGGGCUCGUUCUGGACGCUGCACCCGGAUUCCGGGAACAUGUUCGAGAACGGCUGCUACCUGCGGCGGCAGAAGCGCUUUAAGUGCGGGAAGAAGGCGGACAGCGAGCCGGGCUGUGAGGCCGGAGCGCCAGGCAGAGGCUCGGACUCCCCGCCCUCCUCCUCCUCCUCCUCAUCGUCACCUCAGUCAUCUGACGGAAAGGGCGCCGACCUCAAACCCCACCGAGGAGAACCGCCAGUCUCAAGCCCCGUGCGCGUGCCCUCCCCGCUCACACACACGCAGCACCUGCUCUCGCACCACCCGCACCCGCUGCUGCUGCACGAGGCCGCGCACCUGAAAACGGACCCCUACCACACCCACUACUCCUUCAACCACCCAUUCUCCAUCAACAACCUCAUGUCGGAGCCGCAGCACCACAAGCUGGAGCCGGUGGUGCAGUACGGAGGUUACGGCUGCCCGGUGUCCGGGGCUCUGAUGGCGGCCAAACCCGGCCUGGAGCCCGUGCACAGCGACAGCGGGUACUAUCACGGCGUGUACGGCAGGCCCAUAAUGAACUCCUCCUGA